AUUACUCCAUUAUCCAAAGCAACCAUGUCCAUGCUGUCUCAGAAUAAAACCCUGAAAUCCAUAGAGGAAGUGGCUCUACAUGUAAUUUUGCUUUGCCAGGUUGGAGUUGGGACUGUGGCAAACUUCCUUCUGUUCAUCCAUAAUUUCUCUGUAAUUCUGACUAACUGUCAACUAACACCAAUACAGGUCAUAGUAACAAACUUAGCUGUGGCCAGUGCAUUCAAUCUCCUCCUCUUGGCAUUUCCAAACAACGUUACACUAUUUGUUCCAAGGAAGGCCCCCAGUGACCUCUCAUGUAAACUUUGGUACUUCAUUUGCCUGGUGGCUAGAAGCACAAACUUGUCUUCCACCUGUGUCUUGAGCACCUAUCAGUUUGUCAUGCUUCUCCCUGGUAACUGGAGCAGAGUGAUACUCAAAGGAAGAGCCCCCAAGAUAGUGAAUUAUUCUUGUUAUGGUUGCUGGAUUUUCAGUGUCUUAAAUAAUGCUUACAUUCCAGUGAAAGUGAGUGGCCCACAGAAAACACAAAAUGACACUGAUUUUAAAGACAAAUGGGUCUGCUCCACAUCUGGUUUCAGUGUAGGCAUGAGCUUCUUAAGAUUUGCCCAUGAUGCACUAUUCAUCAGCAUCAUGAUCUGGACCAAUGUCUCCAUGGUGAUUCUCCUGAACAGACACCACCACAGACUGCAGCACAUUCACUCCUCCAAUCAGGACCACAGAGCCUAUGCUGACACCAGAGCAGCCCACACCAUCCUGAUGCUGGUGGUCACAUUUCUGAGCUUUUAUCUUCUAGACUGUAUUUGCACUUUCUUUCACAUUUCUUUCGUGGACUCUCGUCUCUUGUUGAGGCGUAUCAAGGAAGUUUUAACUGCAAGCUUCCCCACCAUUUCUCCCUUCCUGUUGAUCUUUAGGGGUCCUAAGAAUCCUUGUUCUCUGCUGUCCAGGAGUUAA